UUUCAAUGCUUGUGUGGGUGUGUGGGUGCGGACCCCUUUGGAAAUGUGUGCACAUCAACGCAUGCAGCCUCCCUCGCCAGUCAAUAUAAUCAGAAAGCCAGUCAAUCCAGAAAGCCUCGCCAGCCAUUCAGCCAUCGACAACAAAAUUCGUUUCAUCCCCAUAAAUGCCAUCAUGUCAUGCUAGAAAGUCAGGUCGGCCCCACACGUCAUCUCGUCGGCAGUUGCGCCUGCCGAUCGAUGGACCACUUGAGAAACACUAGUGCAUUGCAUGCCAGCGGUUAGAAAAUGGCCGCCCACGAAUGUCGAUGAAAAUCCCACGUCGUGCCGCAUACCCGCAGCUUUGCGGCGGCCCGACACACCGACACGAACAUCCAGACAGGCACACGUAUUGAAAGAGCGACAGAGAGCCACACACAGACACACACACAGACACAGACACAGACAACACACACACGCGAACAGCCCUGCCACAGCAGAGCGCCUCCCCGUCGCAUCUCCAAAUUGAGACCCCCACACAUGCACAUGCACGGCACGAGGGCAUGGAUGGAAGGCAGAAAAAUGCGCCAUCCGAUCGAUCGGUAAGCGAGCACGUUGGAAUGACGUGUGUGUGUGUACGCUGACACGCACAUGCGUCCAUAUCAUAUCGACACAACGUGACUGACGUGGGCCUUGUCCAAGAAACAAACAACAACCGAUCUCGAUGCACUUGACAGAAAGCCAUCGGCCGAUAAAAACCAGAAAAUGCAUAGCCACACCCAACACACACAAAUUCUACUGAUCUACGCUCCCCUCUCCCUCUCCCUAUCGCUCUCAUCCCCAACGCCGCAUCUGUCGUCCGCCUCCCUGCCAGCGGCCCUCUGAGGGCUCCCCGCACCGCCCUCGUCGAUCAUCAAAGGCGGCAGGGACUGCAGCAUCUCGUCCGCCAGCGGCCGCCUCUCGUCUAUCGGAUCCAGCACCACACCCCCAAUGCUCGGCCCCCGCGGCAGUGGCUGCGGCGUCACCUCCCUCUCAAACACAGGUGGCGCAGCUGGCGCAUCCACACCCUCGGCAGAGGGCAAUGUGUUCUCGACACCAUCUGCCUCGUCGUCCAGCGUGAAUCCCGCAAAUCGGUCGUGUGGCUCGUCGGCGAGGUCCCCCGACUCGCUGGGGUCCUCCAGAGCAAUGUCGGCCAUCAGCAGCUGGGAGGCGGCCGCUGCGUUGACGGACGUGAUGGCGUGUAGGAGGUCGGGAUUGGAGAACGGCAGCAGCCCGGUGGAUGGCAGCUCUGCAGCGAUGGCUGAUGCUGGGUGGGAGAGGGCGGUGACGAACGAUGCGCGUGAGAGCGCCGUGACGCCCGAAAAGAUCGUCUCGCGUCCAACGGUCCCGACCUGCGCACACACGCACACCGUGGACACUGAGAUACUCACUUGCUGGUUGUGGCGUCAUGUACCUCGCUGCCGAGUCGUUCGCGGGCGUAUGGGAACAGUCUGAGAGGGUCUUUGUGUCCCAGCAAGUCCGUCAAGGUCCGAACUGACCGGCUCGAAAGCGCCGGGCUCAGGGGAACCCCACUAGCACCAGCACGGAGACCGCCCUCCUCCAGCAAUGGCCUGAGCGACAGACGAGGCGCAAAGGCUUAUCUCUCUUGUCCAAGUGUGUGUGUGCAUCAUUGCGUGUCAUCUCUCACUCGGCGAGCUCUCCCUGGCGGCCAGAAGGGGCCGAUACGAUCAUUCUGAACCUGCAGAGGCACAACCCCAGGUGCUCACGUAUUGCUCACGCACUCCUCUGUCGCCCAGCCCUCUUCGCCUGCUCACGUCGGCAGCUUUCCAAACGGCUGUUUGAGGACAAUGUAGAGGGCGAGGAAAGCCGUGUAAAGGCCCCCCAUGACGACACACGCCCACUCGAAUGGCAGGAUGUCGGUCAGAGCACCUCCGACAACGGGACCGCAAGUCUCACCUAGGCUCAUGAAGCACACACACAGGGAGGUCGCCUGAAGGAAAGAGAGAGACCAAGAGAGGGACAGACAGGUGAGGGAGGGGAGAGGGCGAGCUCUGAGCCUCACCAGUUCCUUAGCCACGGGCCCUUGAUGAUCGACGUCUUGGUGCAGCAGAGGGAUGGUCGGGAUGAACGCCAACUGACACGCAAACACAGUGGGACGGGACACGUCGCUUCAGGUCGAUUGCGCGUGUACCGUAUGCUUACCGCAUUGCCCACAGGUAUCAAGGCCAGGGCCAGCAGCUGCACAGCACGCAACGCGCACAUGACACACACGGACAGACAGACAGACAGUCACACGUGCUUCCACAUCUCUCCCCAUAUAUAUCUCGUGUGUCCUCACCAAUGCGAUCCAUCCCGACACCGAGUGAUCAGUCACAAUGCCGGCACUCUCCAGGAAGGGAAAUGGUCCCAGCAAGACGUAACCCACCAUCAGCAAGACGAAGCCCGCCGUCGUGUAGAGGGCAUACAUCGGCGACCGCUGCGCCUGCCUGCCAGUCAGAAGAGCCCCAACAGUGUAUGUGCCCGACUGCAGGCCGAGCAGAAGGCCGAACAGCCAGUUGGGCAGGGGGCCUGAGCGACACACACACACACACACACACACACGAGGGAGGGAGGGAGGGAGGGAGAGCGGUCGAUGUGCCUUCCCCGUCCGUGUGUGUACGUUCCGCUCACCUAGAUAGAAGUUCUCGCGUGGUUGGAAGACGGGAUCAUAGAACGUGUAGCUGGUGUUGUUGAGGAAGAUGGCCACCAGCGUGAUGACCACUCUCCAUGACAAUAUGUCCCAGUAGGUCACAUUCGACCCAUAAGCUCCCUCGCCAUGCCGGCCCCUCUUGCCGCCCCUCUUGCCCGACUGCCGGUCGGCACGCCGCCCUGUGCCGGGUGUGGCGGUGCACACAGAUGAGGCGCCCGAGAGAAUCCGGCCACGCCUGUGGUGUUUGCGGGGCCGCAGGUGCGCGCCGCCGUCAUGGGAGGGGACGGGAGAGCUGGGUUGCUGCUGGUUGGCCUGGUUGAUGGCCUGUGGGCUCUCGGCGGGGAGGGAGGAUUUGUCGGUGGGGGAGAAGGAGGGGUCGUCCGGGUGGCCGAGUGUCUGUGGACGAAGGUCCUGCAUGCACCAGACCAGAGCAGACCAGACGAGAUCCACAUGCAUAUCCGAGACUCGGGGCCUCACCGCAAUGUAUCCCUCGUUGUCUUGCAGCGCUGGCAGCGAGAGGGGGGUGGUGGUGGACAGGUCGCUGGGAUUGGUCUUGAUCGACUGGUCACCCUCUGGCUCGGGGGGCAGGGUCGUGGAGCGAUGGAUCCAGCCGGAGGAUGACUGCCCAUGAGCGAUGUCACGCUCUGACAUACCAUAUGCCACACAAUGGAUGGAACCGACCGGACACACAGCUCUGCUCAUCGGAUGACUGACCUCUUUCCCUUUUCCGCUCAUCCUCGAUGCCCUUGAAGCCCGGCGUCUCCAUCGCACCCCUCUCUCCGCCAUCAAGAAGAUCCGACAUGCCCCUCUCCCGGCCAUCCACACUCCACAUCCGCUGCCGCUGUGGUGCGGCGGCAUCGUCAGCCGCGAUGGACGCGUUGAUCUUGCUCUGGAUGCCGGCCGCCAGGAGAUAUCUCAUGCAGAGGGCCAGACAGAGGAAGAGGAUAAUUGCCUGGCAGAGGAAGGGGAGCGGGAAGCCCCCGGCACUGUACAAAAAGCCUCCUAUGCACUUGCCCGUCACCGAACCGAUGCCCACCGCGGUCUCUGAAACGAGCAAUGUACGUGUAUAUGUCUGUGUGUGUGUGUGUGUGCUUGCGUGGCUGAGUUGGUUACCAACGAGGCCAAUGACGAUGGUGAGUCUGGUGGGGAAGAGAAACGGGCAGAGCGAGUAGACAGCAGUGGUGAAGACGAUGGAUGACGUCCCCAGGAUGCCCCGCAGCGCGAAGUUCUGCCAGUAUUUCGUCGACAGGGCCAGGAGGACGUUGCCGACAAUCGUCACCGCCAGGCUCACACCUGACGACACACACACAACCAGAGGAGGUGACCUGCUGGUCGGUCCCUAUUUCCCAUGAGCCGCGUGCAGAGCUUACACAGGCACAUGGUCGGCCCGAAACGGAUGCAUAUCCGGCCGCUCACUGCAUCAACACAUAGCACAACGACAGACAUUGCCAUCAGCGAAUGUGUGCAGCAAAGACUGAUGAUCACCUGGGGCAAAGAGGCAUCCGACGAACGGAUAGAACGCAAACAAAACACCUUGGUGCGUGUCACAGGCGGGUAGAUCUAUGCAGGGAUGCAAAUUGCGUGUCUUACGGCCUCUUGCUCACCGAUGCCGAGUGAAGAUGCCUUCACUUUGGUCGCCAGAUAGGGCGCGUAGAACGCUGCCGGGAUUGUCUUCUGCACGCACCUGCCGAGAACACAUAGACACAAGCAGUGAGUGCAUCAUUGCACAUGCGGCCGUGUAAGCAUGCUUACACCCAGAAGACAGUGAAGAGCAAGGCGUACAAGAGGAUGUGCUGACGGCGUGCUGCCUGCCGCUCCAUCUGAAGGGG